AUGUGGCGUGGUCUGUUCGUGCUGGCCCUUUUCGUCUAUUGCGGUUCCGCUCGACCUGUGGACCGCGAACGACGGUCACCUUUGAGCGAUAUUCAAAGCAUGCAGAUCUAUCGUCGGAUCGUUCGCGAAUCGACGCCCUUAGCCGUUGCCACGGAAGUCGAGGACCUUCUUGGUGAAGGAAAUGCUCCAGGCAAGGAACAGACGUCGAAACAAACUCAGAAAAAUGCAUCUGGGAAAUCUGACGAGGGAGGAUACUACAAGACGUAUGGCAGCGACGCCGAGGGCGAGAAGGGUUACAUGAAGGCAAGCUACAGCAAGGGCAAUCACGGUUAUAAGACCCUCGACACCUUCCACAAGCGGGACGGCGACAAGUACGCAUUCGAGAAGCACAUUGCCUUCGGCAAGGCGCGCGCUGACAAGAAAAGUGGCGACCACGAGAAGGAUGAAGGUUCCCGUUCUCAGAAAGGCGAUGAUCACGAGGGAGCAGGUACCAUCGUCAGUAGUCAUUAUACCGGCGACGACGGGGGCCAUUACGAUGAACACGGCGAUGCCGGCGAUCACGGGAGCUAUAGCGAAGGCGACAGUGCCCACUACACGGAUCAUGGACCAGAAUAUUCAAGUUACAGCCAUGGCGGCAGCCACAUGACUGGAGACGAAGGUGACGGUUCUUACGAAACCCACAGCUCCUACUCGAGAAGUUACGGCGAUGGAGAUGAGCACCAGGGCGACCAUUAUUAUUAA